AUGGUGGUGAUAGGAGGGUACGACGAUUCCAUGAAGAGGCUCGGCGUGCAGAGUUGGCAGGUAGGAGAAGGAUUUGCGCCGACCUAUCACUUCGACAUGCUUCAAGACCGAAGGAGGAAUGAGGCCUACCGGAGGGGGAUCGAGCAGACAGUAGAAGAAGACGAUCUGGUCGUUGACAUCGGCACCGGCAGCGGACUCCUUGCGAUGAUGGCGGCCGGUGCUGGGGCGCAGCAUGUAUUUGCGAUUGAGGGAGACCCCAAACUGGAGAAAGCAGCGCGGCUUGUGAUCGAGGACAAUCGCUAUGAGGAGAAGGUGACGGUGAUAGGAAAACACAGCACUGAAGUGAAGGUUGGCUAUGGGCUGGACGUUCCCUUCGGAGCCAACGUGAUUGUGACUGAGAUCUUCGAUAGCUUCAUGCUCGGAGAGGGUAUGGUGCCUACGAUGCACGAUGCUGUGAAAAGAGGCUUGCUCGCGGAGGGAGGAAGAGUUAUUCCUGCAGGGGGCAGGAUGCACUGCGUCCUCAUCGAGUCGGACUGGAUCCGCCGACACGAGACUCUCCGGGGUCAGGACUUGCUGGGAUCGGUGGAGGAAGUGAAGAGAGCCUCUGUUGAACAUGCGAGGGAAGCAGUCAGGCCGUUGAAGGUCAUGGAAGAUGGAACCGUCGACGCCAUCCUGAUCUGGUGGACGCUGGACAUGGAGGGGACGGGGGCGGUUCAGUUGUCAACGGAACCGGAGGGGUACGGGAGAGGAGGAUUCGAAGACGAGCGAGACGGAUAUCCUCCUCCUGAGCGAGAGCAUUGGAGACAAGCCGCAUGUGUUCUGCCUGCCGCAGUUGAAGUUGUCAAGGGUGACCUGUUGCAAGUUGUUUGUGGGCACAAAGAGUGUUAUCCGAGGUUCAUGGUCCGUAAGAGUUACGAUGAUGCAACGAAAGAUCUUGAGGGAGAAUUUUUACCGUUCGAGGCACCUUCGAAAGAUUGCGUGCAGUAUCCCUUUCUGAGACGAUGCCACAUCUUGCAACUGAGUUGUCAAGAGCGCGAGAACUCUUACAUCUCAGUUGUUUGCGAUCUGAUCAACAAAUCUCUCGACAAGGGUGAUCCCAGCCAAGACACGUUGAAAGUCCUCCUCCUUGGCGAUGGCCCACUCCUGCCCAUCGCUGCUGCAAAGGCCAUCACCGACCUUCGACAGGAGGAAUCAGAGCGGCGCAUGCGCAUCUCUGUGGUCAGCCUGCAGAGCUCCCUGGACGCAUGCGAGCUUGCAAACAUGGCAGUGAAGGGGAGAAAUCAAGAAGGAGCGAUCAAGGUUGUAGCUGUGGUAGAGAAAGGACAAACCUUCGAUGGCAGCAUGACGGAGGCUGUCUGCAGCGCCGCCUCACGGGAGCUGCAAGGAGGGAGAUUCGACGUCGUCUUAGCUGAACCCUCCUAUCACGCGCUGGCUGUGGGAGGAGCAGGAGGAACGUGGGCUGUGGACGAGUUUCUCCGUUUCUGGCAGGAGAUCACGGCGCUGCGAGAUAAUGUUGGCAUCCUUUGCAUCUGCUGUUUUACCUUCCCUGCUGCCCUCCUUUGA